GUUUCACUUUUCUCAGUACAGCCGCUCUCUGCUGGUUUGAACCCCGAGCUGAGAUAUAUUUUAUGUCUGGGCAGUGGGUGAAUCCCGUUGUCCAGUGUGCGGUUGAGGUUUCAUGGAGCCCUCCCGGGACACGGUGAGGUGAUUGGUGGGGGUGAUUGAAUUUGAGGGAAGUGGGGUUGAGUCAAUUGGAGUGUGAAAGCUCCCAUCAAACACAGGCCCAGAAUUAGUUUCAUUCCGGAUUGAGAGCGCAGGGCGACACCUCUGGACCGCUCUCUAAACAGUCGCGACACACUCCCGGAAAUCGAACUCCCCAGAAAGGUGACCUGUAAAAGAAAGAUGGGUUACACCUGAACUGGAGCAGAACCAAUAUCCUGGCAGGAAGCUUUGCCAGUGCCACUUGGGCUGGGUACAGGUGCUACAGGCGUGACAGAGGUGCAGGGAGUGAUGGCUGGCUUUCUAUCCGACCUGUGCUACAGCGCCCAAGAUGCGAAGGAUCUGGCGGCUGCUUAUCGCCGUGAUGGUGAGAGGGGUCUUCAAUCGGUCAUGCAGAGCAAAUCUAAGCAGUUCGCCAACGUACAGCUUCGGAUUGCGGUGAUGGGUGAAUCCGGGUCGGGCAAAUCGACCCUGAUCAACGCUCUGCGCGGGGUGAAAGAUCAUGAGGAAGGGGCUGCCCCAACCGGCUGUACGGAGACCACCACAGUAAUAACAGCUUACCCCCACCCCACCCUCCCUAACGUUCACUACUAUGACUUCCCCGGACUGAACGCACCCAAAUUCCCAGUGAAGACGUUUAUGAAAAAUACUCCGUUUUCCCAGUAUGAUUUGGGCAUCAUUGUGACCGGCUGUCGGUUCACGGAGAACGACCAGUUACUGGCCAAGGCGCUGGAGAAGGCGGGUAAACCCUUCUACCUGGUGCGCUCCAAGAUCGACGACAUUGUCAGGGCGGAGAAGCGCAGGAAGGGUUACAACCAGGAGCAGAUGUUGCAGGGUGUGAGGGAACAGUGCAUCUCCUCACUGAAGGCGGCAGCUAUAAAGGAACCUCGCGUUUUCCUCUAUUCCGCCUUUGAGUUGGAUCAGUACGACUUCCCCAAGUUAAAGGAGACCGUGGUGUCCAAUCUCUCGGAGACACAGAAGAAUCUAUUCCUGGUGUCUCUCCCCAACACAUCCGAAGCUGCGAUAGACAGUAAACGCGAUGCUCUGCGGAGUUACAUCCGGAAUAUAGCCAUCGUCUCGGGGGGUAUCGGUGCAAUUCCCGUGCCGGGUUUGUCCUUUGCCUGUGACCUGGCCCUCAUGGCAGCGGGUAUCCUGACCAUACGGAAGGAGCUGGGUCUGGACGACAGGUCUAUGGGCAAACUGGCCCAGAGAGUGGGGACAAGUGUGUGGGAGCUGCGGAGAGGUACCGAGCACGUGUGGGUGUUCAGGGAGAUCACCCGGGAGCAGGUGAUGCUGUUGCUGCAGAAAAGCACCGUGGCGGCGGCGCUGACAGCUGUGGAGCUCGUCCUCGACUUUGUCCCCAUUCUGGGCUCUCUCUUUGGGGCGACAUCGUCCUUUGGGGUGACUCUCGUGAUGCUGAACAAUUCACUGAAUGAAAUGGUGGAAACAGCUAAAAUCGUCCUGAGAAAUGCCAAGGCAGCAGCUUCUGGUAAAGGCGCAGGUUACUGAGGGCUGUAGACAGGGCG